UGCAGUGGAGCUGCAGCAGCUCCUGCUCUGUGCCUGUAUUUCUCUUUUAGGCUCAUAGUAUACUCAGCGUGAGGAUAAAGCAUAGGAUACAGUUAAAACGUCUCUGUUUUUAGUUCGAUAUUGUCGUCGUUCUUUCCUUUGCUCAAUAUGUUAGCUAAGUUAGCCAAUCAAGCUAGCUAGAGUGCUACAUGAUUUUUUCCCCCCACACGAAGAGAAGGAGGGAGGAAAACUAUAAUGAAUCCUGAUGGCUUCACCAUCUGCAGUGGAAAAAGCAACAUGGCGAGUGGGGGACAGUUGUUUGGCUCCUGACCCGAGAGAUGGCACCCUGCGAGAAGCCACAGUUAAGAGACUGACCUCCAUCUCUCAUAAUAAUGAAACUACAGCAUGGCUGCUAUUCACUCACCUUGAAAAAGGUGCAGAAGAUGAAGAAAAAGAAGAGGAGGAAGCUGUUCCUGUCUCAAAACUCUUGAGACCAGGGUUGAGUAACUUCAUCCAGGAGAAACCUGUGUUUCCCUGCAGUGUUACAGACACCAGACUUUGUGUCCCCUUAGAGUUGAGUGAUGUUGAUGGGGAAAGUGUCCCUUACACCAUCAACAGAUACCUGAGAGAAUACCAGAGAGAAGGUAUCAGGUUCAUUUACAACAACUACAUCUGUUCCAGAGGUUGUAUCCUGGGGGAUGACAUGGGCUUAGGAAAAACUGUACAGGUCAUUGGUUUUCUUGCUGCUGUGUUGCACAAAACAGGCACAUGGGAGGAUAUCAAGAAUAACAGGCCUCAGUUUCUGCAGAGUCAGGCACCCUCCAAGCAAAGUAAACCCAACAAAGUGUUCCUCAUUGUGGCCCCACUCUCAGUGCUUUAUAACUGGAAAGACGAACUGGAAACAUGGGGUUACUUCCAAUGUGUGGUGGUCCACGGGCUGAGGAAAGAGGAUGAGCUGGCUCGCAUCAAGAAGGGACGCAUUGAGAUCGCUCUCACUACCUACGAGACCCUGCGCCUUUGUCUUGAUCAGUUUAAUAAUAUAGACUGGUCUGCUGUGGUUGUGGAUGAGGCCCACAAGCUAAAAAAUCCAAACUCUCAGAUCACUCAGGCCAUGAAGGAUCUGAAAUGCAAGAUCAGAGUUGGUCUCACUGGCACCAUCUUACAGAACAACCUUGAGGAGCUGUGGUGCGUCAUGGACUGGGCCAUACCUGGUUGUCUUGGCAACUUAGGAAAUUUCAAGAACAAGUUUUCGGAUCCGAUUGAGCAAGGGCAGAGGCACAGUGCAACCAAACGUGCCUUAGCUACUAUGAGGAAGGCUGUCAGAGCUCUGGUGAGGAAGAUUUCCCAUUGGUUCCUCAGAAGAACUAAAGCUCUCAUCAAGGACCAACUGCCUAAGAAGGAUGACAGGGUGGUGUAUUGCUCCCUGACAGACUUUCAGCAGACUGUGUAUCAGACAGUGUUGGACUCUGAAGAUGUGAUGUUAAUUCUGAGGACUUCAGAGAAAUGUGACUGUCAAAGUGGACGAACCCGCGGACGCUGCUGCUAUGUAAAAAAUUCAGAAGGUGCACAAAUAAAGACUUUGUACUUCAGUUACUUGGCAAUAUUGAGGAAGAUUUCAAACCAUGCAGCACUGCUUCAGUCUUCUGCCAGCACUAGUAAGAAACAGGAAAAGUAUGUGGGGGGCAUCUGUGCAAAGGUAUUCCAAAAGUUUCCAGACUUUGUGAGGAGAUGCAAAGACGAAGCAUUUGAGGCCUUGUCAGACCCGCUGUACAGUGGCAAGAUGAAGGUUUUGCAGAAGCUGCUGAACCAUUACUUGCAAAGGAGAGAUAAAAUACUUAUUUUUUCUCUCUCAACCAAGCUGUUAGAUGUGUUGGAGAGCUACUGCAUGGCCGAGGGGCUGGACUACAUCAGGUUGGACGGAACCACCAAAGCCAAAGAGAGAGUCAAGAUUGUCAAAGACUUCAACAACUCUCCUCACAUCAACCUUUGCCUAGUUUCCACCAUGGCAGGCGGUCUUGGUCUGAACUUCGUAGGGGCCAAUGUAGUUGUACUCUUUGACCCGACUUGGAACCCAGCCAAUGAUCUCCAAGCUAUUGACAGGGCAUAUCGAAUUGGCCAGUGCAGGGAUGUGACUGUUCUUAGGCUGAUCUCAUUGGGCACCGUAGAAGAGGUUAUCUACCUCAGACAAAUUUACAAACAGCAACUGCAGUGCUCCGUUGUUGGAAAGGAGAGUGCGCGGCGGUACUUUGAGGCAGUGCAGGGGCAUGGUGUCCAUAAGGGGGAGCUGUUUGGGAUCAAAAACCUCUUCAGGCUGCAGACCCUAGGGUCAUGCCUCACCCGCGAGAUACUAGAGCGAGAAGGACAAGUGGAGGCCGGCGUAAUGACAAGCAGCACAUACACGGGUGAAGAGAAGGAGGAGGAAACGGGGGGCGUUAGCAAAGCUGGAGAUUCCCCACCUACAGAUGACCUUGUAUCGAAUAAUGAACCAGCCAAGGAUAACCGAGGUGCAUCAAAGGUCCCAAGAGGGGUGCUGGACUUCAGCAGUGGAAGUGAAGACGAUGAGGACGACCAGGGUCUUAAGAGAAAGGGUUCAAAGCCCGGUGCAGUGGAUGGCAACAGUGCUGCUGCUGGUCCUGGUCGAAUUACUCUCCUUCAGCAUGGUUUCUCCAGGUUCCUCGAAAGGGUCAAAGGGAAACCAGAGUCAGCAGAAGGGGACAGUAGUCCAGGUGUCGAAGAAAGCACCUCUGAGGAAGAGGCUGUGGAUCAAAAUAUGGAGGGUGCCUCCUCUGGCAUGUGCAAGAGCUCUGAUGCAGGAAAUGCUUCAGUCUGUCUCCCUAAAUUGGGAAUGAAAACCUGGGACGUCUUCAGCAAAUCAGACAUAGGCGACAAGAAUGGAGAUAGUGGCAGGACAGAGAGGGUCUCAAUGUUUAAACAGAGUGAUGGAAAUGCCUCAUCAGUCAAAAAGAAACCCAACAAGCUCAAAACGUUGGUUUCAAAAGUGCGCCACUUUAAGGGUUACUCAGAUGAAUCAGAGGAUUUGGACAUAAAGGCAAAGACAUGGCCCAAGAGAAAGACUCGAGGUAGUGACGGUUGCAGAGGAAAUGUAGACCACGACAAAAAGCGGUUAAGUGCUAGUGUUCGGGGCAAGGCCAGAUCAAAAUACACAGAGGACAUUGAGCCAUGCACAUCUUCAGAAGAGGAACACACUCCUGUUAAGAAAGGGAGAUCUCCAGGAUGUCCCUUAACCUCUCCACAGAUCGAAAGAUCCAGGUUUGAGUUGCCAAAAGAUGGGCAAAGAGCUGCAACCAUCAUGACAGAGAGGCAGGGCAUGCCCAAAGCUGUUUCAUUUACAAGUCUGAAAAGACAGACGUCCCCUGCAUCCAAAGGAAAGGAUGGAACUAUCGACAGUGUGCUAGGGGGUGUACACGAGGUGUUAUACACCCACUCCAACCAGCGCGUUGUGGGCGGGAGCAAAGCAGAGGAGCGGAUGAGCAGAGCUGCGGUACGAGACGUGUUCGAGCGCAAGAUGUACUCUCAGCUCCCGGCCAAUCACCUCCUAGGCACACAGGAGAGUCUGUCAUUGAGCCCGCUGGACAGUAAGCCCUGCACCACUACUCUCAGACUGGAGAAGCCCAGUGUCGACCAUCCAGUCAGCUUUGCCAACAAGAGUGUGCACCACACCAGACACACGACCCUCAUCAUUGGAGAGACUCCUCAUGCCAUGUGCAGGAAUCAGCUAGAGGAAAUGGCAGAACAACUGAAGUUUCCCUCAGUCCAUCAGUUUGCACGUGAGAUUCUGAGUAACAACUCGACCCAGAGACUGGCCUGGCUACGGCAAUAUUACACAUCACUAAACAACCCUGACGUUGACAAAACGGUCACAGACAAUUUCCCAGAACCUGAUUCUGCACCAACCUCCUUUUCAAAAACUACCUCCACAACAUCCACCAAAACAUCCCCAAAAUCUCAAACACAUAACGUAACCCUGCAAAAGGAACCUAAAAGUAAGCCUGAAACUCCACAGAACAAUGUUUCUGUUCAGAGGCAAAAGUCUAGACACCCACAAGACGAUGUUCCUGAUCCCCAGACAAAGCAUAGAAGCAGACAAAAUAAUGUUCUACUUCCACUGCAAAAGCAACAUAUCCCACACAAGAAUGUCCUAGAAUCUCUAAGUGAUGUUGAAAGCCUUGAGUCAGACGAGCAAGAGGAGACGGUCUGCAAUGCCAGAGGACAUAAGAGGACAAAGAUGAAUAGUGUUUCUGCUUCUGGAGCCUUCGGAGUUGGUGGUGGUCUUGGCUUGGUUAAGGCCAGCAGCAGUGGUCUGACAUCUGGGGAGGUUUCUGCUUUCCUGAACUGCACAGACAGAGAUAUUCCUUCUUCUCAGGACCUCCGCCAUGGGAGGUCCACCACAUUAUCCAAACCCACAGCAAAGGGAAGGGAGCAAGGGCAGAAACUGUCUUCCAGGAGCAGUGAAACUGUUCAAGGUCAGAGAACAAAUCCUCUGACCUCUUCUCCUCCUGAGCCGACCCCAUCUACUUCCAGUCAACAUUCCCUCCUCAAAGAUCUGAUAGGAGACACCUCAAUUCUGGAUGAUCUGCUAAAACCCAAACCCAAGGGUGGCAAACAGAGGGGCAGCUCGAAGACAGCUCCUGCACUGUCCAACGUGUCAGUGGAAGCAUGUCCUAACACGCCUUUUACGUCCAAAAUCACUUUUCAUACUGAUUCUGGGGCAGCAGGCCUUAUAGACUCCAUAUCCUCUCCAAACACAAACAACCCACCUACACCUCAGGUGGUAUCAAAGGGCAAUCGCAAAGAUAUUUGGGACAUCCUGAAAGAAGGAAACGAGGAGAGCAUCAACAGGUUAACAGACCCGGCAGAAGUACAGAGGGUUUGCGUCAACACUCAUAUUGCAGCUAGACGUAGGUCAGGGAAAGAGGAGAGGCAGAGUCUGUGGAAGCCUAAUGAGAAGUUCCUGUGGAAGAAAUGAUGCAAGAGAGACAAUUUAAUUUGAUUCUGUGCUUUGUUUACUUUUGCAGUUCUAAAGAAGAUGCAUACAAAUAUCCUCAUUGAAUAGUCAAGGCAGGUUUUCUACCUCAGACUUUCUCAGCAGUUUCUUUUGUAUUAUGUUUGCCAUUUAUUUGACCCUUUUUAAAAGUGUUUUAGUUUUUUAGUGUCAAUAUUUGAAUAUAUUUAUUGUUCAUUGAAUUAGUGAGUAAUCAUAUUGCUUGAUAAACAGGGUGUUUGAAUAGAACAUUUUUUUACAUUUGAUGGAAGUGAUUGCCCCGUAAAUUGUUUUGUUUCUGAAAUAAUUUUCACAUUUGCAUUUACUAUGUAGUAAAUCCUGAAGCCAUCCCAAAAGGGGAAUAUAGUCCAACACAAAUUUCCAAAGGGAUAUUUUCUUAUUCUUAGAGAACCCAAAUACUCUACAAUAAUGUAAAACAAGGGAAGACCAUAAAAUGCUCGCACUUCAGAAGCUGUCAAACGCCAUCAAAGUUAUCAAAUGUUUUUCAUGUUUGCUUUAAAAUGUACUCAACCAAACUAUACAAAGUGUUUUGCCUCUUGUGUGCACAUGUAGUUUAAGUUCAGUAUCAAGGCCCAGACUGUGGCUUCACUUGAUAUGAUGAUAAGUGGGAAUCCCACUCCGCUGUAGGCAUUAGCUAUCAUCGUUAUUGGAUACCACGACUGCCACCGGGGUGGCCCUGCAGAGAUAUCACUUAAAGCUCUCUAAUGGCUGUUAUGUCUCCCUCACUUUGAACACAUCACUGCCUCCCACUCCCCAUGAGAUUGUAUAUUGUGUAGAUGGUUUAGUUUCCCUGCACAGGUGUUCUGCACAGUAAUCUGAUCGUCUGUGGCUCAGCUCAGUUGUGCUGCAAACACCCUUACGGUGGGAGCUGCUGUGCAAUUAGUGAAAUAACAAUAAGCAGUUGAAGACUUAGUGGAGCUGGGAGAAGAGGGAUGGCGAGUCACUUUCACACUCAUCUGUCCACCAAUCCUCUCGGUUAAAGUGUCUGUAAAACUUUGGUGAUAAAUAAUUUGCACCACUCCAUACUCCACGCCUUAGUUGUAAUGUGAAAAAGAAAGGCCUUUAUGUGGGUGUAUGUGAACGAGCGUGCAUUCAUGUGCUAAACCUCACAGCUGUGUCUGCCCUCUUUUAAUCUGAGAAAGUAGAACCCUGAAGAGUGCUGCUCUGUGUAAGUGGUGUGUUUUGUUUAGCAAAAAUGAGAAAGUGCUGAUAGCUAUCAAUAAACAAAAGAAAAAAGGCUCUACGUGCCUCAACAGAACACGCAAUUCAGUUAGGGUUUGUAUGUGUGUGUGCUUGUGCAUGUAGGCCUUCUGGGUGG